UUCUCAACUGCAAAAGGCCGGCGAAUGGCCAUCAUUUAGGACUCUUCCGAUCUCCGUCUACUUCAUCUUCUUCUUCCCCUUCAGAUUCCCAAACCUCAGAGCAGAAACCCUAGCCCCUCCAAUUCUAUACAAUGCCUUCCAAUUCCCUUGAACCCCUUCAGCGUCAGAUCUUCGUCCAAUUUUCCGAAGCCCAAAUCCCCCUUCAAACCCUAGCCCUAAGUCCGACGACAUCCCAGACCUUCCACCACCUGAAGCUGUCCCUCUUGCCCAAUCCAGCUCAAUCGUCCAAUUUCUACUUCACUCUCAAUGGCAGAACUCUGGACGACUCAGCUCCAAUUUCCAGGGCCCCAAUUGCGAAUUUUUCCACCUUGAUUUUGCAUGGCAAGCUCCGUGGAGGCGGCGGAGAUGGAGGGGCCACCGGGGCCGAGUCCCGAGACUGUUACCUCAACAUGUACGCGGAGAAGAAGCCCGACAAGGUCGACCCUAACGAGCAGCGGCUGUCGAAGUGGCUCAAUUGUGCCCUGUCAUAUGAACCCUUGAGAGAGCCUUGCGUGAUCGAUAAAUUGGGGAACGUUUUCAACAAGGAAGCCCUCGUGGAAGCUUUACUAGGGAAGAAAUUGCCCAAGGCGUUCCGCCACAUAAGGGGAUUGAAGGAUAUGAUGAAUAUCGAGCUCUCAUGGAUUCCGGGGAUCGAAAAGGGUCAUGGCGGAACACAGUUCCAGUGCCCGAUUACAGGCCUCGAGUUCAAUGGGAAGUACAAGUUCUUCGCUUUGAGAGGUUGCGGGCAUGUGUUGAGUGCGAAAGCACUGAAGGAGGUGAAGUCCUCUUCAUGCCUCGUGUGCCACGAGGAGUUCGAGGAAUCUGACAGGAUCGUGAUCAACGGUAGUGAGGAGGAGGUCGCAGUGCUGAGAGAGAGGCUGGAGGAGGAGAGGAUGAAGAUCAAAGAGAAGAAGCCGAAGAAGGCGAAGAACGGACAAGUGGGCGAUCAAAUCGUCGGUGUUAAGCAGAAGGCUUCGGCCAAAGGAGAAGGGAAUGGCAAUGGGAAGGCUGACAGCAACGGUUCCGCGAAACGGUUCAAGGCGGCUGAUUUGGCACCUGCGAAUGCUAAUAAAGAAGUGUAUGCCUCGUUGUUUACGUCUUCGAGGAAAUCCAAUUUUAAGGAGACAUUUAGCUGCAGGUCACUCCCACUCGGGAGGAACUGAGAGCUGCUGUAGGAAUUAAUUCCUAUUUCAUUUGUAAAAUAAGAUUUGGUCGUGUUUCUGAUUGGUGGGUGUAGGACUCUCUCAGACUGAUCUUCCUUCUAAUGAUGUAGAAUGAUAUUCCAAUUCCUAUUCUCGAAUGACUGAUGGAUUUGUGAGUUUCUUGCUUGCUUGGAAGGAAAUUCAUGGGUAGUUGUUUGCUGGUUUUUCCAUGGCUUCUAAAGUUGUUUUGGUGAAUAA